AUGGAAUCAACAGCGGACUGGAGAAUGGGAGAAUACGCUCAGUUGCGCAUGAAGGCAGAUGCCUUGCCAGUCGUUUUGUUCUUGCUGCUGGCCUCCUGGCGCCUAUAG